AUGAUACGUCGUAAAUACCAAGAUCUAUCAGUAUAUCGACGAGAAUCUAACUAUAAUUUGAAAUUAUUUUUACCAACAAUUUCUAAGGAAUUUCGAAAACGUGUUGAUAAAUAUAAUUCAAUAGUUACAGAUGUAUAUGGAUGUUAUAUAGAAAAUGUAACAAAAUAUUUACGUUCAUUAAAUAAUGAACAAGAAGAAAUUUUGUCUUUUUCGAAUACAUCAUUUUCUCAAAAACCUGGUUAUAAUAAUGGAACAUUUGAAUAUAAUCUUCAUUAUCAUCAAUCCCAAGAAAUAAAAAAUCCAUCAAUAUCGUCAUUUGUUGCUCUAUCUGGUCUUACACAUGAACAAUUUCUGUCAAAUUAUAAUUCAAUUAUUAGUUCAUGGGAUCUUGUUUAUGGUCUUGAUCUAUCACCAAAAGUUGUUCCAUUUGUUGAUAUUGAUUGUCGUGAUCAUACGAAUACAUCAUAUUAUUUGAACAGUUAUGCAUUAGAUUUUUUUAAACAAAGUUCUGAAACAUCAUUAGUUAAUGAAAAUGGUUUAAGUCCACGUGAUACAUAUAGUCUUUUACUGGAUCUUCAUCUUAUACUUUCGUCUGUUAAAACAUCAUUAGAAGUAAUUAUAAAUAAUGAACAAAAACAGACUACAAACAAUGAUUUAGCAAUAUUUGAGCCAUUGUAUAAAACAUUAUCAAAUGUACAAAAUAUUUUUUCAAGAAACUUCCAAAGACAAUAUCCCAGUCGAAAUCAAAUGUAA